CUGAACAAGCUGGAGGAGGCAGCAAAUGCAGCUCACACCUUCUUCAUGGCAAACCCCGAGCACAUGGAGAUACAGCAGGACAUUGAGAACUACAAGACCACAGCAGGAAAGGUCAGCUUGAUUGACUGGGAGGCCAGGCAGCACAUGGAGGACUACAGUGCCGGAGUAAGGCACUAUGACAAGGAGAAGUACGAGCUGGCCAUUGACUUCUUGGAGCGUGCAUUGAAAGGCUACUAUUCUGAGGAUGAAGACUGCCAGAUCAUGUGUGAGGGACCACAGAGAUUUGAGGAGCACGAGUACCUGGAAUAUAAGGCUGGUCUCUACGAAGCUAUUGCAGAUCACUACAUGCAAGUCCUGGCCUGCAAACAUGACUGUGUCCGAGAACUCGCCACGCGUUCGGGCCGCAUCUCGCCCAUCGAAAAUUUCCUUCCCCUCCAUUAUGACUACUUGCAGUUUGCCUAUUACAGAGUUGGUGACUAUGUCAAAGCCCUGGAGUGUGCCAAGUCCUACCUCCUCUUCCACCCGGAUGAUGAAGAUGUCUUGGAGAACGCAGGUUACUACGAGGGUCUUUUGGAAGGUACAAUGGAUCCAAACACCAUCAAACCCAGAAAGGAAGCAAAAAUGCUUCUGCGGCGCCAUAAGGUGGAGUCUCACCUCUUGCGGGUGGCUGCGGCCGGCCUCGGAUACAGCUACACAGAGCCGAACUACUGGAACAGGUACGGCGCCCGCCAGGACGAGCACAGUGUGCCAUCAAGUAUUAGCAGUGAACCAGAGGAUGGGCCCCGACUGUCCCUGGUAAAGAAACCCAUGCCAAAACCAGAUCGAGAAUUGAAGGAAGGGGGUCCGCUUCUCUACAACGAUGUGAAGUUUGUCUACAACUCGCAGCAGCUGAACGGCACCCAACGAGUACUACUGGAUAACGUCAUCUCGGAGGAGCAGUGCCGAGAGCUUCACAGGGUGGCCAGCGGGAUCAUGCUGGCUGGAGAUGGUUACAGGGGCAAAACUUCCCCCCACACUCCAAAUGAGAGAUUUGAAGGGGCCACUGUCCUCAAAGCCCUCAAGUAUGGCUACGAGGGCCGUGUCCCGCUGAAGAGUGCCCGGCUCUUCUACGACAUCAGUGAGAAGGCUCGCAGGAUCGUCGAGUCCUACUUCAUGCUGAACUCCACGCUCUACUUCUCCUACACCCACCUGGUGUGCCGCACCGCUCUCUCUGGCCAGCAGGAGAGGAGGAAUGACCUGAGCCAUCCCAUCCAUGCUGACAACUGCCUCUUGGACCCUGAGGCCAAUGAGUGCUGGAAAGAGCCUCCUGCCUACACCUUUCGGGAUUACAGUGCUCUCCUGUACAUGAACGCAGAUUUUGAAGGAGGAGAGUUCAUUUUCACCGAGAUGGAUGCCAAAACUGUGACGGCCUCCAUCAAGCCCAAGUGCGGGCGAAUGAUCAGCUUCUCAUCAGGCGGCGAGAACCCCCAUGGAGUGAAGGCGGUUACCAAAGGCCAGCGGUGCGCUGUGGCUCUUUGGUUCACCUUGGACCCGCUUUACAGAGAACUGGAACGAAUCCAGGCAGAUGAAGUGAUCGCAAUGUUGGACCAGGAGCAUCUAGGACCCAGCGAAAUGAACAUCAACCCGAAGGAUGAGCUAUGAACUAGGCCAAAGACUUUCUCUAUUAAAUAUUUAUUUAAUAUUGUUAAACUUAUUAGAACCAUUCUAUUUUUGUACAGAGCCACUGUAUAAAUUA